UAUGACGGAAAAUAUUAAAACUACUCGUUCCGAAUCAAAAGUAUCUAUUUUAACAGAGAAAACAAUAUCUUUGGUAGAUUUAAACGACCAAGAAGAUGAUAAUUCAAGACCUAAAUCCGUACCUCCUCAUUUAAAGAAACAAGCGGAAAAUGGUGAAAUUCGAAGAAUUUCAAAUAUUAAACUCGGUUUUGGCGGUAAAAUUGAAAAGGAAACUGAUAGUAAUUCAUCAACAUUAUUCUGCUGUUGUCUAGGUGGAACUAAAGUUCAAGAGAUUAACUAA